AGAUCAUACAAGGGACAACCAUUACCUUAAAUUGAGGAGAUCUUUACAUUUUUCAGUUAAGUGCCUGCACCUGCUGCCCUUUCAAAUCCAAACGUUUCAGUUGGGCAGUUAGGUUCCUGCAAGAACCCCCACCAACUAAGGAGGUUUCUCGAUGAACCCCACCUCCUAUGGGGUUCUUAGAAUAGCUUUUAGAGGCCAUUUUCAGUGCCAAGAACCCUAAGGUUCUUUGGAGAACUUUGAGGAUCUUAGAAGAACUCUUGUUGAACCCCUCAUUUUUAGAGCGCAGGAAAAAAUCCCACCUUUUCUAGCGUAUUUUGUUUAGUCAACGUUUGGAAAUGUACUGACAAAUCAGGCCUGUUGUAACAUGUACUUUACAGGCAUAACACGUUUGGAUGGUAACCUGGUUACUGUCCGCCUCUCAGGUAACAUCGGUGUACUUCCCAUAUAUGCACUAUAUGGUUUGUUUACUUCCACUAUUAGCUGGCUAAUCCAGCCAAAUGUUUACUAGUAAACACGAUGAUUUGACUUUUGAACGUCUGGUCAGCCUUUCCUAGUGUUACAUACUACAACAUAACUUUAUUGCGUGACAGGGCACAGAAUAAUCUUAUUUAUGAUAUGUAUUUGUGAUACCAUCAAUAUUUAUUUCAAGCAUUCUGAUCACAAAGGCUGCCAUCUGUGAGUCUGGCCAUAGAGUCUAUGCUCUAUGCUCAUAUUAUAUUUUGUGGGACCUUGUUCCCUCUAUUGGGCAAUGAUUUCUCUCUCUCUCUCUCUCUCUCUCUCUCUCUCUCUCUCUCUCUCUCUCUCUCUCUCUCUCUCUCUCUCUCUCUCUCUCUCUCUCUCUCUCUCAUACCUUACUCAUAUGCCUGUGGCCUUGUGCCAUUAGAGAAGCUGCUGUAAAUCUCAGACAGAGGCUGUUUGUUCAGGGUGAUUGCAGUUUCAUGAGGAACAUCAGUCUCUCUGACAGCAGUUUACUAAGCCCACAUCCUGUAUAUACCUGCUGUGAUAAGAGGAACAUUGUCAGACGGAUGGGGCUCGCAAUCCCAAGCAGGUUGCCAGAUGACAGUGCCCAUUUCUUACUCGAACCCCGUCAGUUUACCAAUGUGAACUAAUCUCAGACUCUGAGAAAACAUGAAUGAGUUAUUCGUCUCAGAUGUCAUGGCAGACCAGGAGGAUUCAUUGCGAGCCAUGCAGAACUGCUUCCGCAGUCAGUUUAGUAUGGAGGAGGUUGAGUGUGAAGACAUUGAAGCAAGCAGGAGAACAUCAUCGGUUGAUGAAGACAGUAUCUAUCUUGCCUGCACACUGUCACGAUCAUACGACCUCGGAGACUCUGAUCUUCACCACACUCCUGUUAUCAAGAUGGGCUGGCUGGACAAGACCCCACCUCAGGGGAGCCUUAUUUUUCAGAAGCGUUGGGUGAUGUUGGAUGCACAGUGCCUGCGAUACUUUCAAAAUGAGAAGGAGGUCUACUCAAAGCGGAUCAUAGCCAUACGGUUUGUCACUGAAGUGCUUAACGUUGGAGAGCAGAAGUUUGAGGUGGUGACAAGGAACAGGACUUUCUUGUUCCGUGCUGAAAACAACACUGUCAGGGAGGAAUGGGUGUCAGUACUGAAAGAAACUAUUCAGCAGCGUCGUAGCAGCAUGGAGAUGUCCCUUAUGAACUCUCUUAUUAGUAAACAAGGAUACCUGGAGAUGAAUGGACUGCGCUCCAAGGUCUAUGUAGUCAUCUGUGCUGACAGGGUCUUCCUCUACGGGAACGCUGAGGAGCACAGCCAGGGUGUUGGCAUCACCUACAUUGAGAUGAAUGUGGGUACUGUGAAGAGCACAGACAAACGGUCCUUCAACCUCACCACCUUCUACAGAACAUUCAGUUUCCUGGCCGAGUCGGCGCAGCAGAGGGAUCAGUGGGUGGAGGCCCUGCAGGACUGUGUCAGUCGCUCUCUGUCCAGCGAUGUGGUGGCCCAGAAGAUCUGGGCUGUGGAGGCCAACCAGCGCUGUGCAGACUGUGGCGCCCCCCAUCCAGACUGGGCCUCUGUCAACCUCUGUGUGGUCCUUUGCAAGUGCUGUGCAGGCGUGCACAGGGGUCUGGGCCAGAGUGUGUCCAAAGUUCGCAGUCUGAGAAUGGAUGAAAAGGUGUGGACUGAUAACCUUAUUCAGGUGUUCCUGUUAGGUAACAACAGGGUAAACCUGUUCUGGGCAGCUAACACGCCACCAAGCGAGGCGCUCCAACCAUCAAGUGAUAGUGAGAAGCGCCAGCGCUUUGUCUCUGCUAAGUACUGUCAGGGGAAAUAUCGCCGCUACCAUGCUCUGUUUGGCCAACAGGAGGCCCUCAACAAAGCUCUGUGCAGUACCGUUCAGACGGAUGAUGUGUUGGAGACUCUGUCUCUGGUGUUCUGUGGAGCAGAUGUGAACUGUUAUACAGGUGAUCCAGAGCUGCCCAGCCCUGUGUCUGUGGCCCAACACUAUGGACAGAUAUUACAGGUGGAGUUCUUAACUCACAACCACAACACAGAUCUGCCAGGGUCUAGGGCUGGAAAUCACACACUCCUAGAGGCUGCUCUCCCCGUCUCACACACUGGUUAUCUCUUCAAGACCGCUUCUUCAAUACGGCCAGUAACAGAGUGCAAAGCAAAAGGAGAUUUUAGCCGUCGAUGGUGCUCUCUGAACCAAGGUAACUUCAGCUACUAUGAGAGUGAGAAGAGCUCCAGUCAGAGCGGCGGGAUGAAAAUGAGUGAUGUCCUGUGUCUGUUGGUCAAUCCCCCAGGGAAACAUGGUUAUGCUCAUUCCUUUGAACUGUACCAUGACUCUGGGAGAGUCUAUCUAUUUGGAGAAGACUCCUCUGACAAAGUGAAAGGGUGGAUCAAGGCCAUCGCCAAGGCGCUGGUCCCCUCUGCAGCAGAGGACCUGGUGUGCUGGCCCUUUGCGAGGGUGGGUCGGUUGAGCUACACUGAGGGCCAGAGCCACCAUAGCCCCCUCCUGGGCUGGUUCUCCCUGGGGGGCUCCAGACUGCUCCUACUCCUCCACGGAGCAGAUCGAGUGGAGAACAUCGACCUGCGCAAAAUAAAGGAGCUCUCCAUGGAGCAGGAGGCUGGUGCUGGUGCUGGUGCUGUGGUGCUGGUGGACGGAGGCAGGAGCCUGCGUGUGGAGGGGGACAGGAGGCCUGACUUCCAGGGCUGGCUGAGUGGGCUCCAACAGGGCUCAGGGAGAGGAGAUGGCCCCCUGGACCAGCAGCAGCUCACUGACACAGACGUCCCUGUCAUCGUGGACCGCUGCAUGAGCUACAUCACACAGCAUGGUUUGAAGUCAGAGGGCAUCUAUCGGAGGAGUGGUGUGAACUCCAAGAUCGCCGCCCUGCUGUUCUUUCUCCGCCAUGACGCCCGGCAGGUCCGUCUGAAUGAAGGGGAGCGCCAGGUGGAUGACGUGGCAAACGUCCUGAAGAGGUUCCUCAGGGAAGUGGGAGAGGGGGUUUUCAAUGGCCAUCAGGCCUCUCUGCCAUGGCUCCACACCACUACUGUCAGUGAGAUGAGUGAGAGAGUGUCCCAGUACCAGGCCCUCCUCCACAGCCUCCCCCGAGUCAACAGAGCCACUCUGGGGGCUGUCAUCAACCACCUCUACUGCGUCCAGUGCUUUGCAGAUGAGAAUCAGAUGAACAUGCACAACCUGGCCAUUGUGUUUGGUCCCACGCUCUUCCAGAUGGACGGCACUGAUAACAGCGCAGGACAGGUGGUAGAGGAUCUCAUCCAGAACUACCAGGACAUCUUCAAUGUGGAUGCAGAGCAGUUUCAGAGACAGCUGGACAUGAUCUCGCAUGUCAUCAAAGCACAGAAGGAACACACAGAGGAGGGAAGCCCCUCACCUCUCACCAUCUGCGGGGUUUACCUGGAGAGGAAGGAGGAGGGCUCUGAGCUGCUGGUUCAGAUCUCUCAGGAAGUGAGUGCUGAAGAGCUGGUAUGUAAGGUCCUGAGACGCAGGAACAUCCCUCCACAGCAGGGGGACUACUGGAGCUGCUUCCUGGUCGACAACAGCCAGGAGAUAGAGCGUCCAUUGCACUAUCAAGAGCGAGCGCUGACUAUCUAUUUCUCUCUGGGUAAAGACUGUCAUCUGGUGGUCAAGAAGAACUGCUACAUGGAGGCCAUUCUCACCUACAUAGGCAGGGUAGAUGUCUCCCGAAACGGCCUGAUCAAGUUCUGUGAAGAAAAAGGUCAAAGGGGUAAGGGAACCUUCAGCAGACGCCUCUGUGUGCUCAGUGGCUUGUCUCUAAGGCUGUACAAAGAUGUGAAGAGUUCUCAGCCUGAGAGGGAGUGUCAAAUCCACGCUCUGAAGGUCUACUGUGGUAUCAAGAGGAAGUUACAGCCACCGUCAUGCUGGGGGAUGACUGUAGUGUGUGAGAAGGCAGUACGAGACAUACAGCAAUGGUACCUGUGCUGUGAAUCAAAGAACGAGCUGAUCGAGUGGCUGGCCACUUUUAUGAGCCUCCAGCAUGAUGGCGAUCUGUGGCCAGCAGCUUCCAGGCUAGAUUCCUGAUCUGAGGCUGAAGGGGAAAUAACCUGAUCCUGCUUUCCCAUCCCAUCUACUACUGGAGAUGUUUUCAAGUCUUCAGGUCUUUCCUGGAAAGAAAUGCGCUUUCACUGUAUAUCAAAUCAAUAACCUCAAAGUAUAUAUUUUCUCUGUCAAUAUUUGGUUGAACCUAUUUAUAACCCACAGCUAUGGUAAUAACAGGGGAGGCAGUAUAGAACUACACUAUAACAACAAACUCCCAUUCUAAAAAUGAGUAACAAUAAUAUUAGAGGCACAUGAGACAUAUAAUCUAAACGCUAUGUUGACUUUGAGGUUCCCUUUUAUGGGGACAUAAUGACCAUGUUGGAGAGCUGCAGUCGUAAAGCCAUCUAAGAUGAGACACAGUGCUUUCUGUUCAUGUCAUUAUGGUAACCGUGGUGGUCAGUAAUGAUUGGAGAGCAGGAUUUCUACGCUGUCACUACUCAAGACCACAGCUUGUUGCAUUACAGAGAUGUGCAGUUUAUAUUACUUUCAUUAAUUUCAUCAGCUCAUCCUUUAACAGAACCUUAACAUGAAAAGGAAUCUGAGUUGUACGGCUAGCUAGACAGCACCCUUAGAGCAGCCAGGGCAGGGAAAGGAGACCGAUCCAGUUGCUAUUGCAGAUUCAGCAUCGAUCCAGUGCCGGGCUGGUCGAAGCCCCAGAGGUUUCUCUCUCUCUCUCUGUAUCUAAAUCUGGGUCGUUCCACCAAGUCGGUGGUUUUUGAGAAGUGUAACUUUAAAAACAUUUGUAUUUUAUUUUAACAUUAUGUCGUGAAGAGCACAUGUUCAUCUUCAUAAAAAAAACACGUUUUAAAUAACGUUUCAAAUAAAGUAACAGAGUUAACCGUAA